AUGUCGUCCGCAAACAAAAGACUUGAUCAAGUCAACAAUCACAUAAAUCAAGGAAGUGCGCAAAGUGCAAACGAGCCACCGAGAAUACUGUGUGAAGUCAAAGAACAUAGACCAGGUCACCAUGUCGCAACACUCAUCCUAGGGGAUCCGAACAAGUUGAACCUCAUGAGCAGUCGACUAUUCGAAGAACUGACUCAACACUGCCGGAACUUGAGCAAAAAUGGGAAACUUCGCGCUGUGGUUCUCACAGGCAAUUCUGGAAGCAAAAAGCCAGCAUUCGUGGGAGGAGCGGAACUGUCAGAAGUGAGCAGCUUGUCUACAGCGGAAGAGGCGGGAGCAUACGUGACAAGGACAAUGGAUGCUUGUUCAGCAGUCAGUGCUCUCCCGGUUCCUGUCAUCGCACGCGUACACGGACUAGCAAUCGGGGCGGGCGUACAACUGAUGGCUUCGUGUGAUCUCAGAGUCGCGUCCAAAACGAGCAGGUUCGCAAUGCCUGAAGCGAAGGUUGGUCUUCCGAGUGCAAUCCAGACGGCUUUACUUCCGGGCCUGAUUGGGUGGGGCAAUACAAGACGACUCUUGUAUCUUGCUGAGGUGCUCUCUGCGGACAAGGCUCGAGAAUGGGGACUUGUGGAGGAGGUAGUCCAAGACGAGGCCGAAUUGGACAGCGUGGUCGAUGAGUGGGUCAAGAAAAUCGUCGAUAUGCCGCCGGAAAACAUGCGACGACAGAAAAAGCUCGUCGCCUUGUGGGAGCAGUGUACAGUACAGGAAGGUAUUCUUGCAGGCGUGGAUGCAAUGAGGGACACGUUUGUGGACGGUGGAAAGGAGACUCAAGCUCAUAUGAGGAAAUUCCUGCACAAAUCAGAGAAGUGA